UAGUAGCACUUGAGGAGAACAGAAAAGGAUAGAAGAAGAACUAAUUUCGUAUUGUGCGACUUACUACAACGAAAGUACCGACACAACGACCGGUUGGUUGUUCGUUCCAUAACUCUUUCUUUGUGCAGUCUUAAAAGAUUAUAGUACUAUGACAACUGAUCCAGAGCGUGCUGGUGAAAAUAGUGAAAUGGAAUCUGUUGAAGAUGAAGAUGAGAACAAAGCCCCAGAGCUUUUCUCCAAAAUUUUAAAUAGAGCUGAUGUGUUAGCUGCUCUACAAGAUCGUACUGCACCUGGAAUAGAGCAAAUGCAGAAUCUUCCAGCUCCUGUAAAGCGCAGAAUUAAAGCUUUGAAACAGUUGCAAUUAGUUACGACUAAUAUUGAAGCAAAAUUUUAUGAGGAAGUACAUGCCUUGGAAUGUGCUUAUUACAAAAUGUGUGCUCCUCUCUAUGAAAAGAGGAGUGAUAUAAUAUCUGGCGUCUACGAACCAACGGAUGAACAAUGUGUAUGGGAGAGUGAUGAUGAAGAAGAAGGAUUAACUAAUGAUUUGAAAACAAAAGCGAAUCUCGAAGAUGAUAAAGAACCUAAAAAAGAAGAGGGUGAAAAUGAAGAUAUUAAAGGGAUCCCAGAUUUCUGGUUGACAAUAUUUAAAAAUGUUGAAACAUUAGCUGACAUGGUUCAGGAACAUGAUGAACCAAUACUGAAACAUUUGUAUGAUAUUAAAGUGAUAUUUCUUGAAUCUAAUCCAAUGGGCUUUGUUCUUGAGUUCCAUUUCGAGCCAAAUGAAUACUUUUCUAAUUCAGUUUUAACAAAAGAGUACCAUAUGAAGUGCACCCCUGAAAAAAAUGACCCGUUUAGUUUUGAAGGACCCGAAAUAUACAAAUGUAAGGGUUGUGUGAUUGACUGGAAAAAAGGAAAGAACGUUACAGUAAAAACUAUAAAAAAGAAUCAGAAACAUAAAUCUCGAGGGUCUAUAAGAACUGUAACAAAAACUGUUCAGAACGACUCGUUUUUCAACUUUUUCAGUCCACCAGUUGUGCCAGAUGAUUCUGAAGCAGAAAUAGAUGAUGACACUCAAGCUUUAUUAUCCAGUGACUUUGAAAUUGGCCAUUAUAUAAGAGAACGUAUAAUUCCUAGAGCUGUAUUGUAUUAUACAGGAGAAGGCUUAGAAGAUGAAGACGAAGACUACGAGGAAGAAGAGGGUGAUGAGGACGACCCUGAGGAAGAAGAUGAAGAUGAUGAGGAAUCUUCUCCAAAUAAUGCACCAUCAGGUGGGAAACAACAGGGAACUGAUCCUAAUGACUGUAAACAACAGUAGAAUUACAUACAAAUUUUGCUAAAAAAAAUUAUUCGUGCGUACACACACAGACACACACAGAAACAGAAACACAUAAAACCUGACCGAUAACUGCCUAGAUAUCAUCCUGCACCUGUGGCUCCAACGUAAUCCUGUUUGUAUCAAUCAUCUAAUAUCGUAUCAUAUCUCCUAUUCCAGAUCAAGCCUAGAUUCUUCGACAUACCAGUGACAAAAAAAAUUAUGCGUACCCUCCCUUUAUCUGACGUUGACGAUGAGUAGAAAAUACGGCUCAUUAACAGCCUAAGAUUUAAUAUCAUAUAAGUAUAAACGAAUUGCGCUCUCAGCUCUACAUAAUCAUUGUCAUUUUUAAUUGCUUCAUUUUAUACUAUUGUUACGUUUAUAUACAAACAAAGUUAGUUGAAUUUUUUUCAAAACGCACGUUGACCUAUGAAGAAAUUUUUGGGUACUGUUAAAGCAUUUUUAAUACAAAAAUUGAAAAAAACGCAAACAGCA